GCCAUCGACUCCUUCGGCAACAAGUACCUCCUUGGUGUCUACGAGACCGUGAAGGAGGCCGAGAAGGCCUUUGACGAGUGGAACAAGGAGUACGAGCAAGCCGGCGCUGAUGUCAAGGAGUCCCUCAGCGGCUGGGCCAAGCAACAGGAGGCGGCGCUCGCCGAAGACCAGGAUGAGGUGGACCGCCUCCGCAAAGCGCUCGAGGAGGCGCGCCGCUAA